ACACAAAGGGGCAGAACGAGAUUUAAUCGAUAGGUGGUCGGAUUGUGUGCGCUCGUUAUGCGCCGCUGUCACAUUUACGCGCGGCGCGUGGCCAAAGCGCACUGAAUUCUGCGCACACACACAAAAAAACAUUCUCAACUCAGAAUACAAAGUGUCUCUCUCGCCUCACUGGAUCCAGGAGAGAGAAGCAUGACGAGCGAGGGCUCCUGGCGGCUUGUGGAUCCGUGCGCUCCGCCGCGCUCCGGUAGCGCGGCGCCGGGGAUGGAGAUCCAACCCGCCAGGGAGAAAAAGACAAACUCAGGCUUGAGGCGUCCAGAAAAGCCUCCGUACUCAUACAUCGCUCUCAUUGUGAUGGCGAUCCACAGCUCACCCGCCAAGAGACUCACCCUGAGUGAGAUCUACCAGUUCCUGCAGGCCCGGUUCUCCUUCUUCAGGGGUUCCUACCAGGGCUGGAAGAACUCCGUCAGACACAACCUCUCUCUGAACGAGUGCUUCAUCAAACUCCCGAAGGGUUUGGGCCGACCCGGUAAGGGCCACUACUGGACUCUGGACCCCGGGAGUGAGCUUAUGUUUGAAGAGGGCUCCUUUCGGCGCAGAUCUCGCGGCUUCCGCCGGAAAUGCCACGCGGAGCUGAAACCGAUGUACCGGGUGAUGAACGGGCUCGACUUCGGAGCGCUGAAUUUCCAACAACCACCCGGUUCGCUGGCGUGUCACAGCCUCAGCACGGACUGCACCGUGCCGGCCAGCCUGGAGGGCCCCCACGUGACCUCCAACCCCGGCUACGUGGGCGCGUGCCAGAUGGUGAAUAACGCGGAUUAUUACCCGGACAGCAGCAGCAGCCCCAUGCUGCCCCCCGCAGCACCUACGGCCACUUUGGACUGUCAGUACAGCCCCGCGUGGAGCUCACCCUCUGUGACGUCAUACAUCAAACAACAGUCAGAUACGUCAGCACCUGCGGAUCAAUACCUGCACCACAGUGGACGAGAGUCUGCUGACAUCUCAGUGGGGUUGUCUCGAUGUUCAGCUCCGCCGUGCGACAGGAAAGACUUCUUUUUGAACCUGAACGGACUUUCAUCCCUCCACCCCGGCUCUCAUCAUCACCACAGCCCUUAUGACGUCAAACCACGCCUGCUGUGACGAAACCAGGCUCGCCCUUCAUCAGCUCGUGGUUUCAUCCAAAGACAUAUCGGUGAAGACGACAAGGAACUUUUGUUUCUGUCAUCAUCCGAGGAUCUACUGACGUCACCCACAUGGCCACAUCAAAGAAAUGCCGACAUUUAUAUCAAAAGCCUUUUUGAUGCACUUCUUUUUAUUAAGCAAAAUAGGCUAUCAUAUAUAAGAAAAAAUAUCCAGAAUACAAUAAAUUAUUAUUAUUGUUGUGCUAAUGGUUUGUCAAACUUUACCGUGAAUUAUUCUUUCUUAAAUGAUCCGUCCUCCUUUAAACAGUUAAUU